AUGGAAAUUAACAAGGAGUACAUUCCAUUUGAAGAACUCGAAGCUGAACAGAAAUAAAUCGAAAAUACUUUCUUGACAUUGAGAUUUACUCAGAAGGUACGUAAGGAAAUGAUCUCCUGCUUCAAGAGAUGCGGAGGCACAGUCUCCUAUCCUUUCAGAGUUAUUCCUUACUAGCUAAAUGGAUUAAAUAAUGUCUGCUUCGGAGAUUGCGUGAAUAUCAAUUUCGAGAAGGGACCUUACUUGAAGGAACUUGGAGAUGUGCCUGAGGAUGCAAUUCCCAAGAAGUUUAUCUGGCCCUCAGUUCAAUGA